UGCGCGGCGCUGUGCGGGAAGCGGCGGGCGGCGGCGGCGGCGGCGAGGCUGAGGUCCGGCGGCGGCGCCGGUGGGCCGCGGCGGGCGGGAGGAUGGGCUCCCAGGGCAGCCCGGUGAAGAGCUACGACUACCUGCUCAAGUUCCUGCUGGUGGGCGACAGCGACGUGGGCAAGGGCGAGAUCCUGGAGAGCCUGCAGGACGGCGCGGCCGAGUCCCCGUACGCCUACAGCAACGGGAUCGACUACAAGACAACCACCAUCCUGCUGGACGGGCGGCGCGUCAAGCUGGAGCUCUGGGACACUUCGGGCCAGGGCCGGUUCUGCACCAUCUUCAGGUCCUACUCCAGGGGCGCACAGGGGAUCCUUCUGGUGUAUGACAUCACCAACCGCUGGUCCUUUGAUGGCAUUGACCGGUGGAUCAAAGAGAUUGAUGAGCAUGCACCUGGAGUUCCCCGGAUCCUGGUUGGGAACCGGCUGCAUCUGGCUUUCAAGCGGCAAGUCCCAACUGAGCAGGCCCGUGCCUACGCGGAGAAGAACUGCAUGACGUUCUUUGAGGUCAGCCCCCUGUGCAACUUCAACGUCAUUGAAUCCUUCACCGAACUCUCACGCAUUGUGCUUAUGCGGCAUGGAAUGGAGAAGAUCUGGAGGCCCAAUCGAGUGUUCAGCCUGCAGGACCUCUGCUGCCGUGCCAUCGUCUCCUGCACCCCAGUGCACCUCAUCGACAAGCUUCCCCUACCCGUCACCAUCAAGAGCCACCUCAAGUCCUUCUCCAUGGCCAAUGGCAUGAAUGCUGUCAUGAUGCAUGGCCGCUCCUACUCCCUGGCCAGUGGGGCUGGGGGCAGCAGCAGCAAGGGCAACAGUCUCAAGAGGUCCAAGUCCAUCCGCCCCCCCCAGAGCCCUCCCCAGAACUGCUCUCGGAGCAACUGCAAGAUCUCCUAGCAGGCAGCAGGCAGCACUCUGCAGACUCGGGGAGGCUCAGUGAUGGAAGAGCGCUCCUGGGCAGGAAGACUGGGCCACACAGCCUGCUCCAGAGCGUCAGGUUCUCCUCCACACCCGCUAGGUGGGGGGAGCGUGCAGGGGAGAGCACACUCCAUGGACGGGGCUCAGGGGUCUUUGGGCAGCUGGGCUGCUGGUGCUACGGAGACCCUGAUCUGAAUCAACCCCAGAUUCCAGGCUGCCUGGGCUUGGACCAGGAGGGAGUCUGGCUCCCCUUCCUUAUUUAUAUAGAAAACAUUUUGCCUGUUUUGUACAUUUUUUAAAAGGCUGUCAGGGAAGCUGGAUGCAUCUGCGUGCUGAGCUUGCCUCUGCACACCACAGCAGCCAUGAGGAGGGCCCGUGUAUCUGGGGAGGGAGGGACUCGAGCGGUGAUAGCAGGAGUGCAGUCAGAGCAGCUGUUCUUUAGAUUCACAUUCACUUUGCCUGGGGUGUUGGCACCGCCCGUGCCAGUAAGAGACAGAGAGGCCUCCCCCACCCCUAGAAGCUUCUGGCAGUAAUCUUGGCCCAGCAUCUGUUUCUGACUUGGGUGACGAGUGUGCCAGGCACAGGCAGACGUGUGACCUGCAGGAAAGGGGAGAAGCAGGGUGUGAGGGACCUCCCUGAGCGACUCCAGGGUCCGUCUGCUGUGAGUGGGCACCCUUGGUGACAGUCACUACGUAGAACAGGUCUCCAGGUGGAGGAUGCAGAGCCAUCUGUAGAUCUGAGUGACACUGGAGUGACACUGGUGGCAUCUGAACCAGACACUGCCAGGUGUCCAGUGGCUUGUUCUUAUCCAUGCCGCCCUUUUGCCUGUGAGGUCACAUGCCACUGGAACCUCUUUGACCUGUUUAGUGGUACUGCCUGGACAGCAGCCUUGUCUGCACCUGGGGCCCCUCUGGAGGACCUCCCAGCAGCCCGUGUGCCAGUGCACAGCACCCUUAUCCUCACCCUGUGAAGCCAUGGCCUGGUCCUCCUCAGUGUUGCCCCCUCACCCGGCGCCCCCACCCUUGGCCACACUGGUGCUCAACUCUACCUCCUGCCCUCAGGCCCCGGCCACCACAGGAGCCCUCCCUGGGCUGGGAACCCUCUCUCCAGGUCCUUCGUAGUGCACAUGUCAGAGGACAGUCCUGCUGCAGGUGUUUCAGGGCACCGUGGACAUGCAGACGUGGCACCAUGGCCUGCUAUUCUGGGAGAUGGCUCCUGUGCUGGGGAGCCUGUGGCAGGGGCAGCUCCAUCCUCUCCCAGCCCCAGCGGUCCUGUUGCUGCCAGCAAGGCCCGUUUCUCUGGAGUUGUGAACAGAACUACGCAGACUUUAUUUUAAGGAGCUGGACAGCCCCAUGUGCACCAUAUCAACACUACCCUCACUGCUGCUGGACCCUGCAUUCCUGUGUCCUUUGAGCUGUUCUUGUUUCUUUGUACAGUAAAUGUAAUUCAGCUGUG